AUGGCUUCAAAUCAAUCUUCAAAAUAUUUAAUAUCAAAUUCAAUUUAUAAACCUUUUUUUACGGAUUUGGGGUUAGAAGAAGAAAAUUUAGGUGUUUUCGAUGGAAAAUGGUUUGCAAAUGGAGAAGUAAUUGAUUCAAUAAGUCCAUCAACAAACGAACCAAUAGCACGUGUUCGUCAAGGUUCUCAAGAUGAUUAUAAUAGAAUUGUUGAAUCAUCUGCAAAAGCUUUUCAAUAUUGGUCAACUAUUCCAGCACCUAAAAGAGGUGAUAUUGUCAGACAAAUUGGUGAUGAAUUAAGAAAAAAUCUUCAAUCACUUGGAAAAUUAAUUUCAAUGGAAAUGGGAAAAAUUCUUCCUGAAGGUGUUGGAGAAGUUCAAGAAUUUAUUGAUAUUUGUGAUUAUGCUGUUGGACUUUCAAGAAUGUUUGAAGGAAAAGUUUUACCUUCAGAACGUCCUGGUCAUAUAUUAAUGGAACAAUGGAAUCCAUUAGGAAUAAUUGGUGUAAUAACAGCAUUUAAUUUUCCUUGUGCUGUUUUUGGAUGGAAUCAAGCUAUUGCUCUUACUUGUGGAAAUGUUACACUUUGGAAAGGUGCUCCAACAACUCCUUUAACAAGUAUAGCAACAACAAAAAUAGUUGAACGUGUUUUAUCACGUAAUGGUUUACCAGGUGGUUUAUCAUCAUUAAUAUGUGGAGGAUCUGAUAUUGGAAUAUCAAUAUGUAAAGAUAAACGAAUUCCACUUGUUUCAUUUACUGGUUCAACUCAAGUUGGAAAACAAGUUGCUUUAACAGUUCAAGAACGUUUUGGUAAAACAAUUCUUGAAUUAGGUGGAAAUAAUGCUAUUAUCGUUAUGGAUGAUGCUGAUCUUAAUUUGGCUAUUCCUGCUGUCUUUUUUGCUGCUGUUGGAACAGCUGGACAAAGAUGUACUACGGCAAGACGUCUUAUUGUUCAAGAAGGAAUUUAUGAUGAAGUAUUAACUCGUCUUGUUCGUGCAUAUGAACAAAUUGAAUCUCGAAUAGGUGAACCAUUUGAAGAAAAUGUUCUUUAUGGACCAUUACAUACAAAGCAAUCUGUUCAAUUAUAUGAAAAAGCAUUGGAACAAGUUAAAAAAAAUGGAGGAAAAAUUCUUUAUGGAGAUCAAGUUUAUAAGCAACGUCAAGGAAAUUAUGUUCAACCAACAAUUGUUACACAACUUAAACAUGAUUCUCCUAUUGUUCAUCAAGAAACAUUUGCACCUAUUCUUUAUGUUUUGAAAUGCAAAACAUUUGAAGACGCUGUUCAAUGGAAUAAUGAAGUUAAUCAAGGUUUAUCAAGUUCAAUAUUUACGACUAAUCCAGAAUAUUUAUUUAAAUGGACUGGUCCCAAUGGAUCUGAUUGUGGAAUUGUUAAUGUUAACAUUCCAACAAGUGGAGCUGAAAUAGGUGGUGCUUUUGGUGGAGAAAAACAUACAGGUGGUGGAAGAGAAUCAGGUUCCGAUGCAUGGAAACAAUAUAUGAGACGAUCGACCUGCACAAUAAAUUAUUCAAAAGAACUUCCAUUGGCCCAAGGCAUUAAAUUUAUUUAA